GCGCUGGGAUGUGAUGGCCAUCUCGUGUGUCGUCAAUGCCUCGUCUGCGGGCCCGGUGUUCUGGAACGGUAGCAGCUCCUUCCAGAACCACGUUCGCAUCAUCUCGACCCUCCUGAUCCUCACCUCGGUGCUGGGGGCGCCGCUGAACGGCCUGGCCCUCUGGGUGCUGGGCUGCCGUAUCCGCCGCAAGAAUCGCUUUGUCGUCUACGUGCUCAACCUGCUGUCGGCCGACUUCCUCUUCCUCACGCUGCAGGCCGCCCACAGCGUCUGCGCCUUCGCCAAGGUUGACACCGCCCACCCGUCCCUGCUGGCCCUGCGUUGCCUCAUCGUGGCCUGCAAUGUCUCCAGCGCCUACCUGCUGACCUGGAUCAGCGUCGAGCGCUUCUUCGGCGUGGCCUUCCCCAUCUGGUGGCGCCUCUCCCGGACCCGGGACUCCGCCGUCAUGGCCUCCUGCGUCAUCUGGGCCCUGUCGCUGGGCAUGGGCGUCCUCUAUGGCGUCAUCCGCGGUACCCGGGCCCUGUCCGUCGCUAAGGAGGGCCUAGUCGUGGUGGAGUUCGCCCUGGCCUUUGUAGGCCCGUUCCUGGCCUUCCUGUUCGCCAAUGCCUUCAUCCUGUGCAGCCCGGGGCAUCCCUCCCGCAAGACCACCAGGCUCUACCGGGCCAUCACCCUCAACGCCGUGGUGUUCCUCUUGUGCUGGGCCCCCUACCACGUCUGCGUCUUCCUCUACUACCGGGCGAUGGUGGCCGGGCCCCUCGCCCGCUGCGUCUCGACUUUCUAUGGGGCCUACUACUCUGUCUGCCUGCUCCACGUCAAAAGCUGCGUGAUCCCGCUGGUCUACAUCUCGGUCAGCAGCGAGCUGAAGAUCCGACUCCGCGAGUCCCUGCCGCACAUCUUCGAGCGCCGCUUCAGCGAGGAGUCCGGCCUCUCGUCCCCCCUGCCCCCCCCUGAGAACGACGCCUCCAACAGGAGGUAAACGGCGGCUCGGCCGAGGGAGCUCCCCCACUGGGGUGG